GAGAGGAAGGCGGGGGUUAGGAGAAUCACGGAGCCUGUAAGAAGCGCUGGUGGAGAGCUGGGCCGCGGAGAGCUGCGGGCUGUGGGAAAGUAAACAGCUCCGGGACUCAGCUGCGUUUCCCCGCCGGAGGAGGAGCGGGAGGAUGGGCUCCGGCUGCAGGGGGAGCAGGGGGAGGUCUGUGGGAAGCUGCUGGGAUUAAUAUCUCUGCUGGAACGGCCUGUGGAAUAGUUACUCACUCGGGAUAAGAAGGGUCUCUAUGUCCACAGCUCUGUCUCCUCAGCAAACAAGAGACCUGAAGGAGGAUGAGGAGGAAGAGGAGGAGGAGGAAAAACAUGUAGAGAAGUUUGAGUUGGAAGUCAGUGAUAAAGAUGGAGAAUCGCUGAAUAAAGCAGCAGCAGUAGAAGAGAUGUCUUCAGAAUUAAAGAAAUACACUGAGGUUCAGAAGGAGAUAAAAACACAGGUCACUUCAGUCGAGGAUAUGACUGUUAAAAAGUACUCAACACACCCGUGUUUGGAUUCUGGUCUGGAGCUUCCCGCAGGCAUUGCUGAUCACAAUCAGACUGUAGAACACGGCCUCCAGAGCACAGGAAUGCCGUCCUCUCCAAGCCCAAAGCCAGCCCAAGGUCUGGCCUCCGGGACUCCAGGCUGCUCGGUGGGAGAAGAGCUUCCAGCUGCAAUUCUACACACUGACCAAUUGGAGUCUAGUGUGGAAAGAGGGGCCACAGGCAGCGCAUCACAUUAUUCUGGAGGUGAAGUCUCUGUUCAGGCUGAUGCGCACGCCGCGGGUCCGGAGGUGAUUUAUGAUGACGUUCCAGCUGAGGAUCUGUCUCCGGGAGAAGGUGACAUGAUCUAUGAGGACGUGCAGAGAGACGAGAGCCCCCAGGGACCCCACAGCGGCUGGAGCUCCAGCGAGUUUGAGAGUUAUGAUGAGCAGUCUGAUUCUGAGAAAGUGCCCACCCACAGCAAGCUGUCCCCUGAUGUACGCCGGCUGAAGGAACGCUGUGCCAGGACCAAGAGGGAGAUAGCCCUGAGACUGGGGGGAAAACACCAGGUCCAUCAGUUGAUGCGAGCAGCGCGAAGUGGGACCAAAGAUGGGCUGGAGAAGACCAAAAUAGCCGUCAUGAGGAGAGUCUCCUUUCUGCAGAAGAAGGACCAGUCAGUUGAAGCUGAAGAUGAUGCUGGGUAUCUGGACGUGAUCGUGUCGGAGUCGAAGCAUCCUCCAGCACAGCUGGGACCCAUGCCAGAGGGACUCAGCAGUCAACAGGUCAUCCGUCGCCACAUCCUGGCUUCUAUUGUGCAGAGUGAAAGGAGCUAUCUGGAGUCUCUAAAAAGAAUUCUUCAGGAGUACCAGCGGCCUCUGAUGGAGGCGGAUCCCCGAAUCCUGAGCCCCAAGAAGAUUCGGCCUAUCUUCUUCCGCGUGCGAGAGAUCACUCAGUGCCACUCCAUGUUCCAGAUCGCCCUGGCGUCCCGUGUAGCGGAGUGGGAUGCGAACGAGAAGAUUGGAGAUCUGUUUGUUGCCUCGUUCUCCAAGUCCAUGGUGCUGGACGUGUACAGCGAUUAUGUCAAUAACUUCACCAACGCCAUGGCGCUCAUUAAAAAGGCCUGCUUAUCCAAACCUGCCUUCCUGGAGUUCCUCAAGAAGAAGCAGUCAUCCAGCGCUGACCGUAUCACUCUUUAUGGUCUGAUGGUGAAGCCUAUUCAGCGGUUUCCUCAGUUCAUCCUCCUCUUACAGGACAUGCUGAAGAACACUGCUAAAGGUCACGUGGACCGGCUACCCCUGCAGCUGGCUCUGACUGAACUGGAGACUCUGGCUGAGAAGCUGAACGAGCAGAAGAGGGUGGCUGAUCAGAUCACUGAGACUCAGCAGCUGGCCAGGAGUGUGACUGACCGCUCACUCAGCAAGGUCCUGAAUUCUGAUCAGAGCUUGUUGGUGCUGUGCGAGACGCUGAUUGAGACGGUUUAUGGUGAACGAGGGCAGGUUCUGAAGUCUAAAGAGCGCAAAGUGUUUCUGUUUAAUGACAUGCUCAUCUGCGCCAACAUCAAUGUCAAGGGGCCCCCAGACAUCAGCAGCCUGGUUCCCAUAGGACCCAAAUACUCCAUGAAGUGGAGCGCCCCCUUGAUGCAGGUGCAGGUAGUGGAGGUUGGACAGGAGGUCUCGCAGAGCAAAGAAGUGCCGUUUCAGACUGGAGGAGUCAGAAGGCCAGGAAAUUCUAUAGCUUCAGUGUCAAAAUUACAUAAAAGGAAAAUGGCACGAGGCAAAAGUGUGGGUACCCAUCAAGGGAAGGUGAUCCUGGGUCCGCCUCGACUGUUCCAGGAGCUGCAGGAGUUGCAGCAUGACCUUUCAGUAGUGGAGCAGGUCACUCAGCUGGUGGGCACCCUGCAGGGCACGUACCAGAACCUGAACACCACAGUGGCUCAGGAUUGGUGCCAGGCUCUGCUGAGGCUCAUCCGGAUCAAAGAGGACCAAAUCCAGAGUGCCAACAAGUGCCGUCUUCGCCUGCAAGUCCCCGGCAGGCCAGACAAGUCUGGGCGUCCAGUCAGCUUCAUGGUGGUGUUCAACACUCCAAGUCCUCUCAGCAAGAUCUCCUGGGUCAACCGCCUUCAUCUGGCCAAGAUAGCGCAGAGGGAGGAAAACACUCCAGGCUGGAUCUCUGCAGAAGAUGACGGAAAAACGAAGAGUCCGUUUUGGUGUCCGCUGCUGGCCUGCCGCAUGCCCGUCUUUACCUCAAAAGCCCAGGACCGCAAGCUGGAGGCUGCUUUGCACAAUCCAGUCCAGUGCGCUCUGCUGGGCUUUUCUGCGGCGAGCACGUCCCUCCCCCAAGGCUACCUCUGGGUGGCCAGUGGAGAUGAUGGUGGUCAGUGUCAGGUGGAGAUUUUCUCUCUGAACCGCCCGACGCCGCGCUGGGUGAAGAGUUUCCCGGUUGGAUCUCGGGUUUGCUGUCUGGAAUUCAUUCCAGAACCGAAUCAGCAUGAGGAAGACCACCCUGUGCUCAGCAGCUCCACUACUGCAGGAAACACUGUGUGUGUAGGACUGGAUGAUGGCAGCAUCCUGGUGUACGGAAGCAUGGACACCUCCACCCAGUGUCUCCUGACCAUCCGGAACGACGUGGGCUGUCCUGUUCUGUGUCUCAAACACGCUGCUAACUUCCUGUUUGCUGGCCUGCGGGACGGAACACUGCUCAUCUAUGAGAGACAAGCUGGAGGAGAGCUGUGGAACCCAAACUCCUGCAGAAAAGUCCCAGUGGGUCAGGAGCCUGUUCGGACAUUGCUGUCCUUGGAUGACUCUGUGUGGGCCAGCUGUGGCAACUCAGUGUCUGUCAUCAACGUCUCCAGCCUGUCCACUCGGAGGCUCGAGGUCCACUCUGACCCGAUGGUGAGCGUUGCCCACAUGGUGCGGGCUGGUGGAGGAGUGUGGAUGGCGUUCUCCGAGGGCUCCUGCAUUCGCCUGUUCCACACUGAGACACUGGAACACCUUCAGGAGAUCAACAUCUCCACCCGCGCCACCUUCCACAACCCCAGUCAGAAGAGCAUGAGGGUGACCAGUCUCCUAAUCUGCCAGGGGCUGUUGUGGGUGGGAACGGCUCAGGGAAUCAUCAUCACUCUGCCUGUGCCGAAACUGGAGGGAAUUCCCAAGAUAACAGGUAAAGGCAUGACCUCGUUGAACAGCCAUUGUGGACCAGUGGACUUCUUGGUGGCCACGUCCAGCACCCUGUCUCCAGAGCUCCUGAAGCGUGACUCUGUGGUGGAAGGUCCUGACUCCGCCUUCGGAGGUGAGGAGCGGAGCGACUCGUCCUCACAGGAGUCCCUGCAGCAGUCCAGCAGCUCCCCUGUAGGCGAGGCCAAGGGAAAGGGACGCGGCCUGCUGUUGCAGUACCGUCUCCGCUCCACCACAGGCCUUCCCGGACGUCCGCUGACAGCUCGCGGCGAUGAAGCCUCAGAUUCAUCUCUGGAGUCCCUGGAACACAGCCUGGAGGACGGAUCCAUCUAUGAGCUCAGCGACGACCCGGACAUGUGGGUGCGGGGGAGGCCUUGCGAGAGGGACGGCCCGAGGAGAGACAGGGUCACUUCUGCUGCUGUUAUUUCUGGAGGAAAGGGCUUUCGGAGACUGAAGGAGGGCUCAGCAGGGGGCGCCGCAGAGUCCACAGAGAGUACCCUCAUGGUGUGGCAGCUGCCUCUUACUGUCUGAGAAAUUACAGGUUUAGCAGACAGUAUUUAAGGUGGAAGAGGUUGGGGUGGGACUGUGUAUCAGCUCAACCUGUGAAGCUCUCUUUGUAGCAAAAAGAACACACUGAAAGAGAUAUAAGCACCGGCUCUUUUAUUGAGUCUAUAACUCUGCUAUAAGUCUGCUUUGUUUCAUCACUCUCAAAAACUGAUUUUAACUUCUUAAUUUCAAUUGAAUUCAAUGGCCAUGCACCAGGUCAACAGAUGAAUGAAACCAUAUAUAGAAAACAAGGGGGGAAAGAAGGGACAAAAUACACUGGAAGUCAGAAAGAGUGGUUUAGAUGUACAUCAGAUGUUAUACAGUGAUGUUUAACAGCUGUUCUGGUUUUCUUUAAGGGCAUCUUCACCUUCUACACUCAUUUACAAAAAAAAAAAAAAAAAAACUAAUGCAUCAAUUUCACUGUAAAACUCUCAAUUCUCAAGCAUUCAGUUAAAUCUCAGGCACAUAUAAAAUGAUUACAGAAAUUAGGUCUUACUGUAAGAGGGCAUAAAAUUGCAUCUCCCAUUGCCCUAUAAAAAGACUCUCAGAGGCUACUUUUAGAUAGUGUACCUCUUGGUGAGAGACUGCUGAUUGCUAGACAUGCUUCUACAAUGCGCUCAUAGACAUUUGGCCUAGUUGAUGCAUUAAAUAUCAUUCAACUGAGAGAAGGCAGGUUGGUCUUUAUGACAAAUUGCCAGCAAUGCAGGCCUUGCAUUGGCCAGCCACUCUCACCUUGGUCAAAAGUGGUAGAAUUGAUACGAGGGACACUAACAGCUCAGCGAUAUGUUCAGGACAUCCUGCAGCCACAUGGGUUUCCAAUUUGCAUUAUUCAGCAGGGUAAUGCUCUCACACACACAGCAAUGGUUUACCAGCAUUUCCACUUUGCAAGUAAAGGUGACAAUUUAAGGAAUGGAUUGAAUAGAAAAUAAUCUAAUAACUGCUACUGCACACCCUUCCCUGUAUGAUUGCAUUGCUAAAAAUGCAUAUUUUUUUACGUUUUGAGAGUGAUCAUUUGUGAUGGAAGCUGCAAUUUUAAAAUUCUGCAGUAUGGUAGAAGAUGCUACAUGGAAGAGUUUUAUUUACUCUGUCAAGUCUACAGGUCAUCACACUGGAAAUCAGAGUAUUCUGGGACCAAAUUGCUCUCUGUGAUCCAGCGUUCCUCCCCUGGAAACCCUCCGAUUAUGUGUUUAGUGUCUAUGAAUGCAUUGAGCUGUACCCUCAUGAGGGGUCAGCGCUUUUCAAAAUGCGCAAUAUAUCCUCACGGCCACUUCUGGGUCAUCCUCGAGUGAAUGGUUUUCUUUGGAAUUUGCCACGCCACAGAGCUGGAGAAGCUUCUAUUUUAUUCCUGUGCGUUUGGUGAAAUCCUAUCAGCCAGGGGUGAAAGGCAAAGUGAAUGGGCUUUCCAUGCUUCGCAGUCUGUCCUUUAGCGAUCCCUUUCCGCCUCUGACUGCAGGUAAAGUGAGCUCACUGUUCUGUCUUUCAGUCUGUGUUUAUGUCAAUUCUGUGCAGGUCAAAAGUGAAGUGAUGGAAACCUGUCUUAAGUCUUAUUGAAACCUGAUUACAAUAUAUAAAUCUUAUCUAUCUGAUAGGCCUUUAACCCUAAAGUAUGUGUGAGACAGACCCUUUAAUAUCUGUGUAAAAUUACUUACAGCAUUGUCCUUCACUUUAACUCAUAAAGUGACAGUGACGUACAAAAAAUGUGCUUCAUUACUCUUAAACAGUACCAGUCAAACAAACCUUAAUUUAUUGUUUUUUUUUUAUUUUUCAAUUCAUUUACAAUGUAGAAAAAGGAAAAAGAGAUUACAUACCAUUCAUUUUAUUCAUUCGUUUUGCAACUUUUGUCACAAUUGCAUCAACUUAAUCACCUAAUCAGAUAUUAUUUUCUUGCUUUUCAAAAAAAUGCACAAUUUAUUUAUAUUUCUAGAAAACAUUUUUAGCCUCCCGAGCUGCUUGAGGUUUAAUCAUGUUAUCAAAAACAUCAUUGUUUGGUAUGAUGAUAUAAAUAAUUAGAUUUUUUAAAUUAUUUAGCCAAACGUCGCAAACGUAUAAUUUUGCUUGCCGUAUUUUUGCUUGGAGGAAUUUGCUUGGAGGAAUAUUCAGCACAUCCCUACUUUUAUUGUUAAAGAUAAACGCUUUUUUCUCUUGUUUCUCUUAUUGAAUAAAUCUUCUCUGUGAUGCAUCAAAGACACUUUUUCAACAAGAGAAACAAGAGAAAUGUCUACCUCAGACACUGAGAUUAAAAUACCAAGAGUGUGCAGAUCUCAGAUCUCGGUCCUCAAAGAGAACUGUGGUACUUGGAAGAAUCUGAAGUAUAAAACAUAUUCUAGUUUGUUUAACAUUUUUUGUUUAAAGUAAUAAUUCUUUAUAGCUUUAAUGUAUUCAAUAUUUAAUUUACAAUGUAAAAAAUCAUAAAGAGAAGGACAACACAUUAAAUGAGAAGAGGUGUGUCCAAACAUUUGACUGGUACUGUACCCUUAUUGUAAAGUGUUACCAAUUAAAAUAGUGUUUCAGACUACAUUUUAGAUCAAUAGUGGGUCAUUAUUAGUAUACUUAACCUUUUGGCGUGUCAUAACUUCAGCCAUUGAAUAGUCAAAAUGACUUCUAAUUCUUUUGACUAUAUAUCAUAUUUAUAAGACUUAAGACUACUCAGAAAUCAUACGUUAAUGUUAAUGGCUUUAAUUUCCUGUCAUGUAUGUGUGUCUCUUCAAACAAACUGCAUGACAGAAUGGACAGUUUUACUAAAAAUUGGCAUUUAAGAAAAUCCAGCGAUGAGUUAGAAUUGCAGAUAUGUUGAGGUUUUCAUGGUGGCUGUUCUUGCUCUGUUUUAAAGAUACAUGUAUGUGUUCUAAAGUUAUUUUAAUUACAGGAUUUUUUUAGACUAUAAGGCUCACCUAAAGUUCUUUAAUUUUCCCAAAAAUUGUCAGUUCCCCCUUUAAAAUUGGUCAGGCUGUAAGGAGCAGUAAAGACACUCCGAUAAAUUACAGAGUAUAGGGGAGUUUGCGCUGCUAACCGUAGCUGGGAAUUGCUGUUAACUGGGGCUGGCUAAUGCUUCUAACUGCAGCUGGCUAGCGCUGCUAACUGCAGCUGGCUAUGCUACUAACUAGGUGUGGAAAGCACUGCUAACCAGGGCUAGCUAACACUGCUAAUUGCUGCUGGCUAUGCUGCUAACCAGGGCUAGCUAGCACUGCUAACUGCUGCUGGCUAUGCUGCUAACCAGGGCUAGCUAACACUACUAACUGCAGCUGGCUAUGCUGCUAACCAGGGCUAGCUAACACUGCUAACUGCAGCUGGCUAUGCUACUAACUAGGGUGUGAAUCACUGCUAACCAGGGCUAGCUAACACUGCUAAUUGCAGCUGGCUAUGCUGCUAACCAGGGCUAGCUAACACUGCUAACUGCAGCUGGCUAUGCUACUAACUAGGGGUGUGAAUCACUGCUAACCAGGGCUAGCUAACACUGCUAACUGCAGCUGGCUAUGCUGCUGCUAACCGUGGCUAGAGCUCACCCUUGGACAAAAUACUGGAAUUCUAAGCUUACUCACCCAAAUAAACAAUAAAGUUUAUAGUUUAACAAUAUAGCUUAUAGUUAAAAAAAUAUGGUACUAUGAAAUAUUUUACUGCAACAAGGUCGAAUACAGCUUGAGCUUUACCUUAGCUGAGUUUGGAGACAAUAUGAUAAAUAUGAGGUAAAAUUGUAAGACAUGGUUUACUGUAACAGACAGCACUGUAAUUCUGAAGCAUACAUAAAACAUACACAAACACAAAUGGCAUCUCAUCCAUCAGGCUUUACUCAGACUCUGACCAGUGUUUAAGCUCACUCACAAGAUAGCACCUCACAACCUGAGGUAACACUUCAUAAUCAGUUUACUUACUGCUAUAUCAUGAUGUAUCCACUUGUGGCAUGCCAGUUUACGUCAUUAUUAUUUUUGGGCUAAUAGGUUAAUAGGUCUUUAAUUUGCUUUAACAAGAAUUGAACAGUUUAUUUUUAUGAUAAAAAAUAAACACUCUGGUAUAAAAAGGGAUUUUCUUCUUGUGUGUGACCUUUUUUUCUUCUUCUUUUUCUUCUACUUCUUUUCUCUGAAGGAUUUAUGAUGUACUGUUUUUCAUAUAGUUAUGCCCUGAGCUCCUUUCACAGUAACUUCCAUUAAAGAUGCUACUGAGCCAUGCAAACACAAUGGUGCGCCUUUUCAGCGCUGAGCUGCUCCGCGCUGACUGGAGAGGGGGUGAUGGUGGUUGGAGGCUAAAAAGUCGAGAUAAAUUACCGGGGAAAUAACACACUCUCACAGCCUUAGCAAUAGAUCCAGAUGUAGAGCGCGGUUCAGAGCGGUUUUUGUAAUACGUCUCUCACAUUAUGGCGAAACUGAGAAUGUAUAACUGUCUCUUAUGAUGUCCUGGUACUACUAAACUGUCUCAAAGUGUUUUUUUUAUUACUUGCAUUUUAGCUUUUAUGUAGCCUGUAUUAUGGCCUUCAUGAACUGCAGUGAAUAUAGGGGUGGGCAAUAUGACGGUACGCUAUAUUGGUAUUAUGAUAAAUCAUGUCACUUUCUUGAACAAAAUAUUAGUCAGUAAAAUCAGUAAAAAUCAGUAAAAAUUGGGGAUGGAGUUAUGGCAUGGAGGCCAUAGCUUAGUAUCAGGUCUUCAAGGCAAGCACUGGACAUGGCAGCAGAAUAGAGAGAAUCACUACAUGACAGUCUAACAUGACUACCCACCAAGUUUCAUUCCUGAUAGUCAAUUUUUUUUACAAUGUACUAUAUAUAGUAAGAAGUAGCACAGUGGAUAUUUGCUCAAUAUACCAAUAUUACAUUUUGACCAUAUUACCCACUCUUAGAUUCAUGAAUAUUAAAUUUAUAGCUAAAAUAUGAUACAACAGAGCAGCUAGCGAUGUCUUAAAAAAACAUCCUUAAACACUAAAAGAUUGUUGUAAAUGACAUGUCUUGUCUGUAUUAUGUAACGUUUUGUUUUUUGUAAGAUUUCAGGUGAUUCUCUUGUUGGAUUAAAAUACUGGAUUUGUCGAUGUUUGAUCUAACAAACGUUUGUGGGUUCAUUGUUACAAUAAUAAAUGAAUUUUUUAAUCACA